AUGGGAAAGGUGAACAACUUACCGUCGGCGCCACCGCCACCGUCGUUAUUGGCGGAUAUUAUUCAAGCGAGAAUGAAUAUAAAAAAAAAAUAUUCUGCGCUAAAAACCGGCCGUUUUGAAACCGAAUCAUUAGUAAAUAAUACACUCGGUUCUAUUAUCGAUCCUCUUAAUAAAAUACGUGACAAUAUCGGUACCCUCCGCGCGCAUUCAUCGGUGCACCAGCCGCAAAGCCCACCCACGUCACCGACCACCACACCAUCAUCCGCAGCAUCUACGUCGCGACAGUCAACACAACGAUCGUUACCGGAUGUCUAUAAAAAACAUUCCGCCGCCUCAUCAUCAUCAUCAUUAUCAUCAUCGCCGCCGCUUACUACACAAUACGAUUUGAAUGAACUACUCGGACAGUGGCCUACAGCUGGAUUAGAUAAAGUAUACGCACCUAAAAAAUCGAAAAGUGGCGAAUAUGUUUUGGGUAACAAAGAAAUUAAAUUUAUCGAUAAUGAAAUACACAUCGAAGAUGAUGAUGAUGCUAGUUUUCAUCCCAUAACGCCCGGACUUAUCGAGUUAUUAUUUGCCAAGUCCCCGGCGGCUGAAAAAUAUACACGUGAUGAUUUAAGUGUAUAUAAACGUAUUCUAAUUCAGACAUCUGCGCACAUGACCGCAGACGGUGAGCGUAUCCGCACUUCCGUAGGUGCAAAAUAUAUGAAAGUAAUUUCAAAACUGUUCAAGGACAGAAAGUCUGGUAGUGGAAUAAAUAUACGAUUGCAGAAACACAAUAUUGUAUAUUGGAACGAUCCUAACGAGCUGGUCGAUAGAUUACGAUUAUUGUAUUCGUCUCUCGCUGCCGGUAAUACGGGUGUUCGUAACGAGAUAAUAUCGAUUUGUGGAGAAUUGGUCGAGGCUGGUAUAUUGAAAAAAAUUCCGAAUGUCUAA